AUUCAGUUUUUCUGGUAAAAUGAUUAAAUGUGGCGCUUACCUUUGGAUUGUUAAUCAUUGGCUUAGAUUUUUGUGGCGCCAACAUUUGUUGUUGUUCAUUGUUGGCUUAAUGAUUCAAUUUCUGUUUCUGCUUUUAUCAUCUUCUACCUUUUCUCCCCUAAUUUAAUUAGUAUUUAAACUAAUUAAUUUUAAUUGUUUCUUUUAAACUUCUCUGUUAACCUUUACCUCUCCAUCUCACUUUGUUUUAAUUCUAUUUGAUUAUCUGUUUUAUCAUCAGAAUGUCUCAUGUUGAUAAAUUAAAGGAUUUGGUUUACUCACAGAAAAGAACGGUUUCAAUUCGUGAUGUUUGUUAUUCUUUGAAUGUUCACGUUUCUGAGGCUCGGAGAAUUUUUGAUGAAUUUCUUGCCGAACUCAAGGAAAAGGACAGUUCUAAAUUAGUCGUUACUUAUAUCGUGUCUGGUUCUGGUCUGGAUUCCACUGAAGAUUACAAGGUUCAUAAGCUUACAUAUGCCAAGGCCGAGGAAUUGGAUGAAAUCAAAAGAUUUGAGACUAUUUCUAGUUGUAAAGUUAAUUCCAUUUCAUUGAGAAAUGAGGAUGAAGAAAACGUUUCAUGUAAUGGCGACGAUGUGAAAGAGCAUUUUCUAGAUAGAGAUGAUUUUCUUAAGAAGCAAAAGUUAACUUAUAUUGUUAAUGAUAAUAUUCAACUUCGUCCAGAUCGUUUGGAACGAUUGAAUUUGGUCUCUGGUGUUACAGUCAAUGGUUCUAAUGGUGAUGUUAAAGCAGAAGUGAAAACAGAGAAAAAAGAAAAAGAAAAGGAAAAAGAAAAUAAAACCGAAACUAAGAAAGAGACCAAAAGCUCAAAGCGAACAACAAAUCGACGUGGUAAUGGUAACAAAAAGCAAAGUAAAUUAUCUGGUUUUGGAUCUAAAAUUCCGAAGAGCGAAAAAACCAAUUCAUCGGGUGAUUCAGGAUUCUCCAUGGAAUCUACACCCGAUCCUUUCUCUGAGGAGGAGGAAGAAGAGAAAUCCCCUGUAAGUGUAAAAGAGGAAGAAAUGGAAGUCGAUCCAAGUCCAGUCUCACCUCCAUCAUCUUCGGAAGAAAAGAUUCUAUCGGAAGAUGAAAAACCUCGAGUAAAAGAAGAUGAUUCAGAAGAUGAAGCCAUCUUCAUGGAAGAGGUAAAAGGAAAGUCUAAAAAAGAAAAAAGUAAAAAGCGUAAACGUGUUCGAAUUUAUGAUUCGGAUGAGGAUGAAGAUGAAGAAGCCAUGGCUUUAAGAAUUUUGGCUGGAGAUGAUGAGGUGAAACCGGUCAAAAAACUGAGGAAAAAGUCCAAACCUAUGGAAACAAAAACAAUAUCUGAAGAGUUUGUCGACGAUGAAGGUUAUACUCAAGUUCGAUUUGUGAAAAAAUUAGUACCUGUUGAAGAAAAUGUCGAGGAAUCGAAACCGGAAUCGACUGAGAAUGGAAACGAUAAAAACGACAUCACGUCGAAAAAAGUAAAAACCGAAAAACAACCAACCAAAAAACAGAAAACGGCCGAAAACGACGACGAAGAAGAUACAAAACCCAAGCCUAAAAAGUUAUCGAAAGCGGCUCAAGCCAAGAAAGGCCAAGUUUCGAUUACCAGUUUCUUUAAACCCGCAGCAAAGGUUUAAACUAAUCAGUGCCUUGUAAAUAUCGUGAUCGGAAUCAAUUAUAAUCAUCAUUCUCUCUCAUAUUCAUAUUUAAUUGAUCGAAUUUUUUCUCUUUGCAUUUCCUUUUCUUCCUCUUAUUUGAUUCUUGACUCACUUAGAGAAAACAGUUAAUUCAACAUGUUCACAUAAUCUAAUUUCAAUUCUCAUCACAACACCAACUACAUUCGAGUACCAAUUACCUUCUCAAAUCGAGGAAAUUUUAUCCAUAAAACUGUAUCCUGUCAAAACUCAAGAGAAAUCGGAUGUCAAUCAAUUGGUUAACAAUCAAAUCAACUGAUCAUUUUUCCUCUCAUAAAUAGCAUCUUUCCAAUGUUAAUCUACAUGUAUAGAGUUAAUUGUAAUGAAAUUAUCGCAUUACUAAGUUUACCUCUUGUGAUUAAAAAGUAUUUAUAUUACGUAAA